AUGGAGUCAAUCUAUUCGAGUUAUCCUCCAGAGCUGUCGCCUGAGCAGCAGAAAUAUCUGGUGAGAACAGCCAAGGACUGGGCUAUCCAGAAUGGCCUCGCUGUUCGGCCAUCUCCAACUAUUCUCCCCGCGGGUGCAGAUCCUAAUGGGGUGUUGGCGACCAAUGCGCCAGUGACCCUGUUCCCGAGUCCUUUUCCUAAGGGAUGCUUCGAGGAGGCAAAUGCGCUGCAGACUGUGUAUAAUGAGCUGUAUGCGGCGAUUACGUGCGACGAGGCUUGGUUGGGCAAGAUUAUCGAAGACCUGAUUGAUGUGGAUGACUUCGUGUCGAAUCUCUGGAAAGUGCACCUGGCAGUACAGAAAGAGGGUUAUGUGCAGAAUCUCUCCCUGGGCCUCUUCCGGUCCGACUACAUGGCCCACGUCUCGGCCAAUGAGGCUCCAUCUUUGAAGCAGGUCGAAUUUAACACCAUCUCGUCCUCCUUUGGAGGACUGUCAUCGCUUGUCAGAUCUCUGCACACCGAGUUCCUUACCUCUCCUCCAAGCUACCCGCCUCAUCCUCUGCUGCAGUCCGGGGUCCCACCAGAAAACUCAGCUGUGGAAACCCUGGCGGCUGGCCUGGCGGCAGCACACCAAGCCUACGGGCCAUCAAGAUCCACUCCUAGUCUACCACUGGGUAUUGCAUUCGUAGUUCAAGACGGCGAACGCAAUAUCUUCGACCAGCUGGCGGUUUCGAAACGACUUACCGCGCACCACAAGAUACCAGUCUUCCGUGUGGCCAGCUCAGAGAUCCUCAACCAAACAUCUAUCUCCAACUCGAAUCCUGCUCGUCCUUUGGUGUAUCGACCCCCUCAUGCCCCAGAGUCAGCUUUCGAAGUGACAACCGUUUAUCUUCGAGCCUACUAUGCCCCCGAUGAAUACAAAUCUGCCCGGGACUGGGAGGCUAGAACACACCUGGAGCGGUCAGCGGCUAUCAAGUGUCCCACAGUUCUGAACCAGCUGUCCGGAUGCAAGAAGGUGCAACAAGUCCUGGCGGAACCCACCGGACCCGAUCAUCUGUCAGCUUUCCUGAAAGGCACCGAUCCCGGCAUGAUUGCAAGACUGCGGGAGACCUUUGCUCCGCAAUAUGACUUGUCAACUCAGGGUCAAGGUAGAGAGCUCGCCCUCAACCUCGAGACGGCCAUGAAGCAUGUGCUCAAACCCCAGCGAGAAGGCGGAGGCAAUAACAUCUACAAGUCCGACAUUCCUGAGUUCUUGCGGUCUAUUCCUGAAUCGGAUUGGAAGGGGUGGGUUCUCAUGGAGCUGAUCAACCCCGCAGCCCACGCCAAGAAUGUCGCCCUACGAAAUGAUGGCGAAGUCCUCCGUGGCAAUGUUAUUUCAGAGCUCGGUGUGUACGGUACUAUCCUGUGGGACAACACAGGGGAGAUUCUUCAUAACGAGCAAGGCGGAUGGUUACUAAGGACGAAAGGAAAGGAGGUGAAUGAGGGAGGGGUGGCCGCUGGAUUCUCUAGCUUGGAUAGCAUUCUCCUAUUUUAA